AGCGGCAGGAAGGAGCUGCAAAGGUGAGGUGAAGAGAAGACGAUGGCCCGCAGGUGCCAGAAGCUGGAAGCCGUGCUCCUGGUCACCGUCGGGACCGUCGCACUGCUCUUCCUCCUGCGAACCACCGGCAACAGCGCCAUGCCGCAGCAGGCCGGGGAGCCCACCAUGAUGCCCAGUGCCCAGCCGAGCCCCGAGCCCACCCUCGCGUCCCCGCGCCCCACGCCGGUCUGCCGGGAGAACGCCUCCGUGGCCAACCUCUCCGGCUUCACCGGCCUGCCGGCCCACGUGAAGGACUUCCUGCGCUACAAGCACUGCCGCGAGUUCCCGCAGCUCCUGGACGUCCCCGGCAAGUGCGGGGGGCCCGAGGCAUCCCGGGGCGUCUUCCUGAUCCUGGCCAUCAAAUCGGCCCCCGCGAACUACGAGCGGCGCGAGAUCAUCCGCAAGACCUGGGGGGCGGAGCGGACGUACGCGGGCGCCCGCAUCCGCCGCGUCUUCCUGGUGGGCACGGCCUUGGAUGCCCGCGAGGCCUCGAAGCUGGACCAGCUGCUGCAGCUGGAGGCGGCAGAGCACGGGGACGUGCUGCAGUGGGGCUUCGUGGACAGCUUCUUCAACCUGACGCUCAAGCAGGUGCUGUUCCACACCUGGCUGGAGGCCCGCUGCCCCGGUGUCCGCUUCGUCUUCAACGGGGAUGAUGACGUCUUCGUGCACACCGAUAACAUCGUGCACUACCUGCAGGGCACGGGGGACGAGGGCAGCGAGCGCCACCUCUUCGUGGGGCAGCUCAUCGCCAGCGUUGGCCCCAUCCGUGAGAAGUGGAGCAAGUACUACGUGCCCGAGCAGGUCACCACCGCCAAGCUCUACCCGCCCUACUGCGCGGGCGGGGGGCUGCUCAUGUCCGGCUUCACCACCCACGCCAUCUACCGCGAGUCCCUGAACAUCGAGAUCUUCCCCAUUGACGAUGUCUACCUGGGCAUGUGCCUGGAGAAGGCAGGGCUGGUCCCGGCUUCACACAUGGGCAUCCGGACGGUGGGCUUCCACCUGCCCUCAGCCAAGCUGGCCGCCUUUGACCCGUGCUACUACAAGGAGCUGCUGCUCGUGCACCGGUUCCUGCCCUACGAGAUUCUGGUCAUGUGGCGAGCCCUCCACCAGCCGGGCCUGAAAUGCGGGAGGAAGCUGGAGGUCUAUCGCAAUAACUGAGCAGGACCCCAGGACUCCCGGGGAGGGGGCACCAG